GGUGUUGAGACAGCUCCUCAGAGGGAGGGUUUUUUGUUAUCUCGUCUGGCCGCUGGAGAGGAGAGGCGCCGGGGUGUUGUGAAGCAGCGGAGAUCCGCCAUGACUUACACCGCGGACGCUCUCCGCUCGCGCGCGUCUGGAGCUGUGACCUGGAGCCGCGUUCCGUCAGUGCACCCGACGAGCAUGUCCUGAGAGCGACGAGCCCGGACAGAAGAUGACAGAUUACCGGGAGGAUGGCAUGGAUCUGGGCAGCGAUUCCUCCAGUCGCUCCAGCUCCGAGUCCAACUCCAACAAGGUGACGCCAUGCUCCGAGUACAAGUCCUCUCCCAGUCUGGAGCUGGCCGGACUGGAGGACUACGAGGAGGACGAGGACUUCCAGCAGUACAAGAAGAGAGCGCUGGUGGACUGGGAGAGGGAGUACGGCGGGAGCUACUCAGACAACCAGCAUCAGGACUUCAGCCAGACCUCAGGGUCAGUCAACCGCCGCAGCCUGGCGGAGGAGCUCCAGAGCGUCAAAGCACCCGCCGGCUCUCUCCCGGGUCACACCGCAAGCACCUCCAUACCUGAGGAGCUGAAGCAGAACGCCAACUCCAUCCUGCCCUGCGAGGGCAAGACUUCAGGCAAACCCAGCCACGGGAGCGGCGUCACGGGACGGGAAUCCGGUGAGGAAGGAGGCGGGGUCGGGCUGGGGCCAUUCAGAGAGGAAGAGGUGGAGGAAAGCCAGCUUCCACCGAUGGACUGGGCGGCUCUGGAGAGACACUUGGCGGGCCUACAGUUCAGAGAGCAGCAGAACCACAACCACGGCCUGAUCCGGACCAACUCCACCAGCGCCCAGAAGAAUGAGCGGGAGUCCAUCCGGCAGAAGCUGGCGCUGGGCAGUUUCUUUGACGAUGGGCCGGGAAUCUACAGCAGCUGCAGCAAGAGCGGCAAACCCAGCCUGUCCUCACGGCUCCAGAGCGGAAUGAACCUGCAGAUCUGCUUCGUCAACGACAGCGGCAGCGACAAAGACAGCGACGCAGACGACAGCAAGACAGAGACCAGCCUGGACACACCGCUGUCUCCCAUGAGCAAACAGAGCUCGUCCUACUCGGACAGAGACACCACGGAGGAUGACUCGGAGUCUCUGGAGGACAUGGACUUCCUGAGCCGACAGAAGAAGCUGCAGGCCGAGGCCAAGCUGGCUCUCGCGAUGGCCAAACCCAUGGCCAAGAUGCAGGUGGAGGUGGAGAAGCAGAACCGUAAGAAGUCUCCAGUGGCGGAUCUGCUUCCUCACAUGCCGCACAUCAGCGAGUGUCUGAUGAAGAGGAGUCUGAAGCCCACGGAUCUCAGAGACAUGACGCUGGGACAGCUGCAGGUGAUCGUCAACGACCUGCACUCACAGAUCGAGGGUCUGAACGAGGAGCUGGUGCAGCUGCUGCUGAUGAGGGACGAGCUGCACAUGGAGCAGGACGCCAUGCUGGUGGACAUCGAGGACCUGACCAGGCGCGCUCAGAGCCAGCAGAAGCACCUGACGGAGAAGACGCUCUCCAAAUGAAGCCGCACACCUCCACAGCAUCACCUUUCCUUUGCUUCUGUGCUCCGUCAGUCCUCCAGGACGUGCUGGACGCUGCCACCGGCUGCUGCAGCCAUCGCCUCAUAGACCGUCUCAGUCCUUUACGUUUGCCACUCAACUAGAACUGUCCGAACAUACAGCGGUGUGAGGAGCUCCACGCCUCCUCCAGCAAGCCCCGAGUCCACUGCUCGGACAGUAUUUAAACACAGCCGAGAGUGUGAAGGUGCUCCAGAGGAAACAUGCCUGCCUUGUAGUCGACUUGUAGCUUUUGGUAACGUUCACUGCGACCGGUAUUCAACAUUUCGUGAAUGUUGAGUCUGACACGAGUCGUCUGAAUAAGUGUGUUCAUAUCAUUUUCAUUCUAUUGUAUCCAGAUUCUUUAUUUGAGGGAGAUGCUUAUGUACAGAUGUGUAUAAAAUAAGAAAAUAAAAACUUUGUUUCAUAGA